UAAUCAGGCAGCCUGUUGUCCUUCCUCCCUAAACAAAGACAGUUUUGCAGUCAGUCACGAUGUGAUGGGAAUGAGUUGCCUUGCUCCUGAGCGUGUAACAGAGAAGCUUUUCGAACAGCAAGCUGCCACGUCCUGUGUCACACUGUGAAACCAGUUUUAUCAAUGAGAGGACUAGGAUCAGUGAGAGACUCGAUUACCUUCUGUGCGAAACGUUGCUUUGAAAAGAAACAGAUCGCUUAUUGCUUAACAGUAACGAAAACCCAUGUCACAAGUUUUUCCUGACACGCUGAGAUGUUCCGUACAAGCCAGAGAAUGCGGAAAGUUACUUUCUGUGACCUUAAGCCUGCGACUGUAAACACAGAAAUGGGAAUAAUUGUGGCGAACAUUUCCAACAAUAGCAUUCACAAAAACAGUUUAUUUUCGAGAGUCUGUGGCUAAGAUGGUCCCAGGGUUUCCAUUGCAAUAAUGAAGUACAGCAACAGUACGAUGCGAGCCUGUAACAUAAGCUACGACCAAGGCGUGCCACUGGUCACUGUCUACAGCUUGGUUCUUGCUGUUGGUGCCCCUGCCAACGUGGUGACUUUGUUCCUGUCCUUGAUAAAGAUCUGCAGGAAGAAUGUCCUCUCGGUUUAUCUGUUCACCCUCUCAUUGUCUGACCUGCUGUACAUGGGCACCAUUCCCCAGUGGAUCAUAUAUGUCAAGAACCAAAAUAAGUGGACCCAGAGUGUCACAGCAUGCCAGAUGACUGGCUUCAUCUUCUUUAACAACUUGUACAUCAGCAUACUCCUUCUGUGCUGCAUCUCGACUGACCGCUGCCUGGUUGUCCUCUACCCUAUCGAGUCCAAGUGGCGCCGUCGGCGAAGGACAGCGGUGGCGGUGUGCUUCGUUGUCUGGCUCCUGGUGAUGGUGGUCCACCUGCCUGUCUUCUUCCUGUCAAAUGUGAAAAGUGACGAGUACAAGAAUGACUCAUGCUUUGAGACCAUCCCCAUGCCCUCGCUAGUGGCCAAGUUCAACUAUGCCCGUUUCUGUGUGGGCUUCUGUAUCCCCCUGUUCAUCCUGGCCCUCACCAACCUGUUGAUCUUCCAAAGGAUCCAGGCCAGCCCAUGCCUCAGCGUCCGUGAAAAAUCCAAGGUGAAGUACCUUGCCAUCGCCAUCAUAAUGAUCUUCCUCGGCUGCUUCGCCCCAUACCACAUCAUCCUCCUCAGCAGGGCCGUGGUCUUCUCCCUGUAUACGGACAGCUGCUGGUUUGAGGAGAAGAUCUACAGUGUGUCGACCCUCUUCCUCUGCCUCUGCACCAUCAACAGCGCCAUCAACCCGAUCCUCUACAUGUUCUCCUGUGAGAGUGUCAGGCAGGAGCUCUAUAGAGAGGUCCAGUCCAUCAGAAACUGCUCCAGUCACCGUAGCAACAGGUCAGAGAGUUACAUUCUGAGAAAUGGGCAGCUAUCAGGCACGUCCACGUACAGAAUAGAACAUGUUACCACUGAAAACUGACCUGAGAUUGGAUAAAGAACUUGCCAUGGUGACUGACAUUUAAUGUAAUCUCCUGUUCUCAAUUAAACACCGCUGGAUUGCAGAUUAAAUUCCAUUAGGCUCGUGUUAGUGGUCAGCUGGAAAUGCUGUGCAAAUUUCUGUGUGCGACAAAACAAUAGACCCUUCUAUCAGUUCCACACGGUCUGGAAAUGACUCGACAAUUCCCUCUCAGUAUUGCUAAUGAAGCUAAUGUGCUGGAGUCCCUUGUUUAACUACCUUGGCCCAGGGCCAAUGGGGUAGGAGAUUGGGGUCAGGAGGUUACAUUUGCUCCCAGUCUCACCUGAAGGUAGUCUUGAGACCGUGCCAGGCGAUGUGGGCAGCGUACUGGAAUAUGAUCGGUGUUACCAUGCUGAGAAUUUUUGGGAGUGAUAGUUGACAGGGGUUGGUGUGACUCCAAAGGGAAAAUCAGCCAGAGCAAACCAUGUGUCCUGUCACCAAAUCUACUGCUCGCUUUGCCUGUGGGGACAAUGAGCAAUGGCCAUGUUGGUCAGUCAGCCUGACUCCAACCACUCCAACAUCAAUUCGACCAACCUCCAUAUGAUCACUCCUUAAUACCGGCAAUAGCCAGGUGUUCUCUACAGCCUGUCUGAGAAUCUAGACAAAGGAUUGUAACUUUGGGACAGUCUGGAUCAAUUCCCAAAGGGCUCAUAGCAGUUAGCAUCCAGAAUUCAGUUGAGAUUGACAGUUUCAUUCAGGGAGGUAUGUGCUGCGAUGUGAUUCAACACCAGCUGAAGGUUUGCACUGUUCACAAGGUACAACUAGAUUUGUGAAGGUUCUUGACAGUCAUGGAAAUAAACAGAGUCCAAUCAGCCAACAAACCUGCCAUUCUGUGAGAUGGUGGCUGACCUUAUCAAUUUCCCUGAGUGAGUGCUACAUUUUUGUGCAGUGUUGACUGGCAAACAAUCUAUCAACCUAAAAUUUACUGUUAUCCACUGAGUGAACAUUGCUUGUAUUUAAUGCACGCAGUUCCCACUUCAUGCUGUUUUCAGGAACACAAGUUUCCUAAAUUCUCCCCUGAGUAACCUGACUCUGGGGUUUAAAGUUGUAAGAUCUUAAGAAGUAGGAGCAGGAUCUUCUUAGGGAUAGUAGAAACUGCAGAUGCUGGAGAAUCUGAGAUAACAAGAUGUAGAGC